AUGAAAGCCAUGAAAGCCAUGAAGGCCAUGAAGGCCAAGAAGGCCGCCAAGCAGGAUGGCAACACGAGGGCAAUGAAAGCCAUGAAAGCAAUGAAGGCGGCCAAGGUCCAACACAACGACGGCAAUGUGAGGGCAAUGAAAGCGAUGAAAGCAAAGAAGGGUCAGCAGCGAUCGGGUCAAAGUGGCUGGCAAGCAUGGCGAAAAAAGCAAGGUUCUGCUGAGAAGCAAGCCGUACUACAUGCGCAGGCACCUGAAGGCGAAGAGGACAACACGGACAACACGGACAGCGAGCAGGAGCUGCCCGGCAACGAGAAAGCCACGCAAACACCUCCGAUUAUCAGACGUUUGCGAAGAGCACGUGACAUUGAGGAUCGCUUGAAUUGCUUUGUGUCGGCAUGCAAAUACUUUCGUGUCGACAUAGGCAUGCUGGUCAGUAUGGUUAUUGUGAUCACGACAGGACCUGCGACUGGAAGGAUAUGA